AGCCCCUCCCCCUGACGCGGAGGGUUUAUUUGGUCUUCCUCUCGGUGUUGACGCUCAGCCGCCAUUAAAACCCGUUUUACACGUGAAAUAUCCGCGUUUGGACGUGAAAGCCGGGGUUUUAGAGCUCGUCAGCACGGGACUGAAGAUGAUGUCUGGGAUGGGGGUUUGUGAGACGGAGGCUGAGAUGUGAGAGGGGAUCAGGAAGCGGUGGGGUUUGUUUUGGGUACUCGGUGUCCCAGGGGGAAGUGGAAGAACAGGGAGAGGUUGGUUCUUGUGGACGUGACCCCAGCAGUGUGUGUGUGUGUGUGAGGGACUGAAGAGCCAUGACGGAUCCUCACGUGAAGUGGGCGUGCGAGUACUGCACGUACGAGAACUGGCCCUCGGCGAUAAAGUGCACGAUGUGCCGAGCUCAGCGUCCCGGCAGCGCCAUCAUGGACGGCUCUGAGCACUGCGGCGUCUCUGGAACCGGCGGCCUGAUCAUCUGUCCCGAUUCCAGCGCCAGGCCCCGGAUGCGUCCGCUCCGUCCCUGCGAGCCCGGGGACCACGCGUCCGUGUCCCACCCUGACGAGGACUACAACGAUAAAAACCGGCUGCACGGGCCGCGAUGGAGCUGCACCAUGUGCACGUACGAGAACUGGGCGGAGACACGGAGCUGCGCCGUGUGCGAGCACCCGGGCCCUAACAGCGUCGGCAGCGCCUCGACCAUCAGCACCAACGAGAGGGAGCAGGGAGGAUGGAGCACGCGGAGGAACAGGACGUCCUCGCCUGUCUCCUCGGACAUUCAGGACAUUGAGGUGGGUGCUCACGGGUGCGACGAGGACUUUAAAAAGAUCAAACAGAUCAAAAACCGCAUGAGGAAGAGAGACUGGAAGUUCCUCAACGCCUGUAUAGGAGUGGUGGAGGGAGACCUGGCGGUGGUGGAGGUGUAUAAGUCGUCAGGUGGAGAUCUCUCUCGGCAGCUGACUUCGGACGAAGUGCGUCUAUUAAACCGUCCCUCUGCCUUCGACAUCGGUUUUACACUCGUCCACCUCGCUAUCCGUUUCCAGAGGCAAGACAUGUUAGCUAUCCUCCUUACUGAGGUCUCCCAGAGGGCAGUGAAGUGUAUCCCAGCGAUGGUGUGUUCUGAGCUGACGGAGCAGAUCAGGAGAGAAAUCGCCACCUCACUGCAUCAGAGGAAAGGAGACUUCGCCUGUUACUUCCUUACUGACCUCGUGACCUUCACCCUGCCUGCAGAUAUUGAAGAUUUGCCUCCUGCGGUUCAGGAGAAGCUUUUUGACGAUCUGCUUGACCGCGGCGUACAAAAAGAGCUGGAAGAGGACGAUGCGGUAAUUAACUGGUCUCUGGAGCUCGGUUCUCGAGUAGACAGUCGUCUGUACGCUCUGUGGAACCGAACGGCUGGAGACUGUCUGCUCGACUCAGUGCUGCAGGCCACAUGGGGCAUCUAUGAUAAGGACAGUGUCCUCCGUAACACACUGCACAACAGCCUGCACCACUGCUCAGACUGGUUCUACACUCGGUGGAAGGAGUGGGAGUCGUGGUACUCACAGACUUUCGGGCUCCAUUUCUCCCUCAGAGAGGAACAGUGGCAGGAGGACUGGGCCUUCAUUCUGUCCCUUGCCAGCCAGCCUGGUGCCAGUUUGGAGCAGACCCACAUAUUUGUCCUCGCACACAUCCUGCGACGGCCGAUUAUAGUUUAUGGAGUGAAGUACUAUAAGAGUUUUCGUGGUGAGACUCUGGGCUUCACUCGCUUUCAAGGUGUGUACCUGCCAUUGCUAUGGGAACAGAGCUUUUGCUGGAAAAGCCCCAUCGCCCUCGGUUACACCAGGGGUCACUUUUCAGCGCUGGUCGCCAUGGAAACUGACUGCUAUGACAAUCGUGGUGCGGGCGCCAACCUCAACACAGACGACGACGUGACGGUGACGUUCCUCCCACUGGUGGACAGCGAGAAGAAACUGCUACAGAUCCACUUCCUGUCAGUGCAAGAGAUGGGGAAUGAGGAGCAGCAGGAGAAGCUUCUGCACGAGUGGAUGGAUUGCUGUGUGACAGACGGAGGAACGCUCGCCGCCAUGCAGAAGAGCAGCCGAAGGAGGAAUCAUCCUCUCGUCACGCAGAUGAUGGAAAAAUGGCUGGACGGGUACCGCUAGCUCCGCCCAUGCCCCGCCCUCUCAGACAGAGAGAAGGACGAGUGAAAUGUGAAGACUGAUUACUGCAAACGUUUCACCUCAAUCCCUUCACACCCUAUUUUCCCAUAAUGCAACACAAGAACCACAGCCCACCUCCACCCCCAACGUGUUUUCUUUCCCUCUAAAUAUUCUACAAUAAUUAUACUACUAGUAAUAAUAAUAAUAAUGUGUGGAGCUUCUAUAGAAAUAUAGAUCUAUAAUGCAUGUGGAGCAGAAACGUGUUUAAUCCCAGCGUUUGGGACGUGGAAAUCGAUUGCAGUGCACUUUUACAAAAAAAAACCCAAAAACAAGCACAUUUCUAAAAUCUAAACUCUUUAAAAACACACAGCUGGUGUUCACUCUUUUCAUCAGAUCUGUGAACUGAGAAACAACCUUCCGUUUGAGUUCAUCUUCAGUGUCUGAUAGAGUGAUCAGACUCGGGCAGGAUGUUAGAUGCACUAAGAAAAUAUUAAAGUGUUUGAAAGUGA